GGAACCCACGACCUCCUGUACACCAGGCGAGGUAGUUAACAUCUCCUAGCCACCGCGGCGUCCAAAGGGGCCCUCCCCACAGUGGUCGAGCAGCAGCAGCACUGGAGCCGAGGGACCCGUGAAGACCACCAGCACCAAGCAGACGCAGCACGAGAAGUGUUCACUCAUUGUUCAUCUCUAAACAUAAACAGUGGAGACGGCGGCGGCCAUGACCGUGGGCGUCACCCGUUGCCAGGCGCCGCCGUUGCUAGGGCCGCGCUGAGCUCGACGAGUGUCGUGGCGAGUGUCGUGGGAACUUCGCCGUUUGUGCCAAACGUGGUUUGGUGGCCUCUGCGCUUGCCACAUGGCGAACGUUGGAGCGAUGCGCGCAGAGCAGCGAGGCAAACUCGCGCCCGAGGACGCCCGGUCACUUGGCAAGAGCCCCGUGUACGGAGUGCGGUGGCUGGACGCGUGUCUGCAAGAGACUCUCCUGCCAGGCGCGUCCUGGCACAAGAUCUCAACGGAGGUCUCAUCAGAAGCCCUCGACACGAGGAAAAGGUCACCGGGUCAAGAGCACCACGGUCAGAGGUCACCGAAUGAAGACUCCGUGGCGGCGUUCGUGGACGGCACCCGCGUUGCGGUCGCCGCCGCGGCCAGAAGGGCGAUGGCGCAGGAAGCGGCGCGCCAAGGGGAGCUGGCGCGCCGCUCGGUUGGGCUGCAAGGCUCCAGGAGCGAGCUGCUGGGAGAGUCUAUGUGCGCCGUGCUGGGGGUCGGGCCUGAGUGCCUGGACCGAGUGUGCUCGCGACUCACGGGAAAACUCCUCCCGGCACAGCUCCGUAGAGAAAUAUGGUGCCGGUCUCUUGGGGGUGCGUGCGAGGGGGAGGCGUGGGAGCAGUUCCGGCGGAAAGUGUGGCGCGGCGUGGAUCAGAUGGGGAUGACGCACGCCACGCAAUCUCCCGUCGCGCACCUCAUCCGCAACACGGUGACGGAGAAGCUGCGCGGGAGCGGCUGGCUGCAGCGCACGUACAUCUCGGGCGAUGGGCUGGCAUUCACGCUCGUGUGCGACGUCCUCAACGUGCUGUACACGCACGGCCGCGUGUACGCGCCCCACCUCGUGUACCGCCUCGUGCCGCUGCACCUCGCCUUCGCAUCCGGGCACCCGCACGCAGAGGCCACACUGCAGCUCGCCUUCCACCUCAACGCCCUCCUUCAGAAGCACUUCCCGGAGUGGCGACGCAUCGCGGACAUCGCGCAGAAAGUGGUCGCGCGGCUGCAGGAGGGCGACCCGCACCUGCACGCGCGGCUGCUGAGGCUGACGCGCGACGUGGGGGCGCCACACACGCAGAAGGAAUUCCGGAGCCUCCUGGAGUGGGGCGACGACGAGGAGAAGCAGAAGGAGAACCAUCCGCACACGGGCGACGGGGAGCGCGGAGACUCUGGAGGAGACGCGGUGGAGCGCAGAGACCCGCACGGCCCCCUGCCCAGCAUCCUGCUCGUCUUGCGCAAGUGGAUCGGAGAGGCGUUCGUGAGCGUCCUGUCGGCACCGGCCGUGCUGCUUCUGUGGGACCAGCUGUUCCUGAGCGCGUGGGAUGAGCGUGUGUUUGUGGAUUCGUGCCUCGCGCUGCUGUUGCUGCUCAGGGACCAGAUCAUGGCGUGCGCCGACUGGAGCUCGCUCAUCCAGGUGCUGCUGGAGGAGACGCAGCGUCUCUACACGGUGGACGUGGCGCGGGCGUUGGCGCACCUGCGAGGAGACGGCGCCGCGCUGGCCGUGCCAGUGCUCAACCGCUGGCACGGCGCCCUCUCCCCGUGGGUGGCCCAUGACCCGAGUGUGGCGCCGCCCACCCCGUGCCGGCCCUCUGAGCCGUUCGUCCUCCACAUCGACGCCGUCCGCUACCUGCCCGAUUGCGCCACCAUCAUCAAGGUGACGGGCCGCGUGGUGAAGUCGGGCUUGGAGGGACUGGAGGACAUCAUGGCCGUGCCAGAGUUGGACAGCCUGGCGCGGAGCCCGCACUUCUCGGAGCGCGUCCCGGUCCCCGCGGGGAGCGACGCGCGCGUGCACGACGACGCGCUGCUGCUGCUGCGCGUCUACACGCUGGAGAGGGACUCGCGGCGCGCCGUCGUCAUCGGUAACGUUCUAUUCAGGCUGUUCCGGAGCGACGGAUGUCUCAAGAGCGGCGGGCACCAGCUGAGGCUGUGGGCGGGGAUGCCCGAUCCCGGGGACUCGGCUCCGCUGAACGAGCACUCGCUCGUCCAUCACCCACUAGUGCCGGCGUGCACCAUCCUCAUCCGCUUGCUGCCGCUCACUCUGGAGCCGAGGCCCCGGCCCUCAUACGAGACAGGGUUCUACUUGACGGAGGGGGCCCGCCCCUCCCCCUCGGAGAUCAACAUCAUAGGCUCCUACAGCAGAGACGACGCGGGCUCCCCCCGCACCGUGCGGGACUGGCUCUCCGUGCUGCACCCCGGUGAGCUGCCUACGGACUGGCGCAGCAUCUACCUGGAGCUGCUGGACGCACGGCGGGCGCUGCCCCCGGGAUGCCCGGCGCCGCACCUGAGCCCGCUGAGGGCCGUGCGGUACCGGCAGCGCACCGGCGUUUGCGUCAGCGUCACGGACGCCAGCGUCACAUCACGCGGCUGCCCGUACCAUUACGUACGGGUGUUGGCAAACAUAUUGCCGGGUGCCGAACUGGACACGCGCGCCGAUGAGGUGCGCGACGCCGUCAAGGAGAUCGUGAUCGCGAGCCGUUUGAACCUCGUCAACUGCGGCACUCUGAGCGGGGAGCUGGAAAACUGUAAGAUUCUGAAUCUGCAGCCGGAUCGGGCGAACUCGCUGCUGCUCAGGGUGUUCGGCCGGCACGACGACGACGGUGAAAAUUCGGAAUUUGCCGACGUGAGCGGCGCGGACUCCAAAGGGAGCAGCUCGUCGCCGCAGCUGGGCUGGGGAGUGCUGCCCCUUUUCCACGGGCCAUAUGUGAGGACAGGAAAACAUCACAUUCUGCUGUUUGAAGGGGCUCCAGAUGAGAACGUCGCGGCACUGCUGACCCGGGGUGGGGACGUCGCCUCCGCCCUGCGGGAGGCAGAGGAGAAGCAGUGGACUCGGCGAGCGAAGCUCUGCACUGGCCUCACCAUGGAGCUGUGGGACGGACAUUACCUGGAGUCCGAGAGGGAGUCGCUCAUGAACUGGGCCUCCAAGUAUCAGGCGGAACACGGAGAAGAGCGACCGUAGCCUUCCUGUUUGUCGCCGUACGCGAGGCUCCGCUCGUGAGACGACGGAGACUUGGACGCGUCACACCCUCGGCCGGCCGGCCGGCUCCCCCUCGCCGAAUCCGCGACGGUGACCGUAGGCAUCGACGGCACGCGGACACUGCGGCAGUCUGCUUGGUGUCCGCUACUCGGCCGACUUGAUGAUGCCAGCUCGUGCUCCGGUUAAGAACGCUCAACAGGGCAGACCUCAUGACGGAUGUCAGCGAUGGCUCUCGUUAAAUUGGAUUCCUCCCACCGCCUUUGUCCGCCCAGGGGCAUAAAUGGGAACUACCGCAGUUAGUCGAUCGGUGGGUAUUGGGUGUGGGUACUCCUAACUCAUCUCCCAAGACGUUACUGGGCCAGCAUGGACGAGUGGGCCAAAAUUCACUCGAGAGAUGGGCCCUCUAAAGCUGCCUCAGUGGAGGCCCUUCUGUCAGCAGUGGCGUGAGAAAAUAGUCCCAGGGCCGUGGCUCUACCACUGCAGCCUUCUGCCCGUGGCUGUGUUAAAGAUGCCCAGACUGCUCACGAUUCCUGUGUCAAGAGCGGCUGAUGCACAAUCACUCCAAGCCUUCAUUGGUCGCAUCUAAAACCCAAGCGCAACGUUCACUCCGUGCAUCUGCUGUCUUAAAAUUAAUUCAGUGUAUUACUGUUUUUCACUACCAUUUUAUAUGCUGAUCAUCGGUUCGUGUGAAAGUGCCAGUGGUGGAAAUUCCUCAUUCCGAUGGCGGGGAGCGAGUCUACCCAUAGUAUAGCCGCUGUUGACUUCCCCACAAAGUGGAACUCAUUUAAUCCACCUCGGAGGGAGUAAUUACAGAUUGUCAACCCACUGACCAGGAUUUGAACUUCGGAUUGCGAGCCUCUCGCUCUGCAGGUGAGCCACCCGGCCAGAUUUUUGUUACUUUUUUGUGCUGAGUGGAUUCUUACGUCGCAGGGUCGUGAGAGCCGGCAGGGGCUUGGGGAGGCCUUCAUCCGACAAUGUCUUGGCCAUGGCUGAUGAUCGUGAUGAUGACGAUGAAGCUGAUUUUGUGGAGUUUUAGCAUUGUGUAAUUGUUUUGUACGUAUGUAUGUUGAACUUAUUUCGCCCCGUACGUAGCCAACCGUGCUAAGAGGAGGUUUUGCUUUGACUAAAAUUUAACUUUCUCUUAAAUACAUGUAAAAACCAUGAAAUGUUUGGCAAUACAUUUGUUGAAGUCUCAAGCUUGGAUGAUAAUGCUUUAAGUUAAUGCUACUGCCAGUUUUGGCUGCGAUUGGGAGUCUGGGUUUGGACUCUGGGUUUGGACUCUGGGUUUGAAGUCUGCACUUGGAGUCUGGGAUUGGAGUCUGGGUUUGGAGUCUGGGUUUGAAGUCUGCAUUUGGAGUCUGGGUUUGGAGUCUGGGUUUGGAGUCUGAGUUUGGAGUCUGGGUUUGGAGUCUGGGUUUGGAGUCUAAGUUUGGAGUCUGGGUUUGGACUCUGGGUUUGGAGUCUGAGUUUGGAGUCUGGGUUUGGAGUCUGGGUUUGGAGUCUGGGUUUGGAGUCAGAGUUUGGAGUCUGGGUUUGGAGUCAGAGUUUGGACUCUGGGUUUGGAGUCUGGGUUUGGAGUCUGAGUUUGGAGUCUGGGUUUGGACUCUGGGUUUGGAGUCUGAGUUUGGAGUCUGGGUUUGGAGUCUGGGUUUGGAGUCUGGGUUUGGAGUAUGCGUAUGCUAUCGUGGUUGUGCUGCCGUACAGCUCUCCCACAUGCGUUCAGGUCCUGCUGCUCAAUGUCCAACGUUUGUUACCGCACCGCUUUGUUACCUUACAAAUUUCACCCUGGUCACCUUCAGUUAUAAUGAACACAAAUUCAGACUCUUCUGCAGUCUCACUGGUAGGCCUCGGCAAGGUAAAGUAAUUUACCCUUUUUACAGGGUAAAAGGGUAAAGGUAAAGGGUAAAGGUGUCGACAUGCCAAGGGGUAAGGUAACGGGUAGGGUUAAGGUAGCUCGAAAGAAUUACCCAGUAGGGUAAAGGUCGCGCGAAGUAUUACCCGGUAAACACCGUAUUUUCCUGCAUAGACAGUGAGGGAAAAAAGUAUUUGAUCCCCUGCUGAUUUUGUACGUUUGCCCACUGACAAAGAAAUGAUCAGUCUAUCAUUUUAAUGGUAGGUUUAUUUGA